AGUACAAGUUUAGGCAAGUCCUCUAUGAUUAUUUCACUUCCGCUUUUGUCAUGUCCAAAAGUUUGGAAACGAAGAAAACUUAGGAAGAAAGUAGUUAUAAACUCAGAGUAUUGAUUAUCUCAAAUAUUUUACUAAUGUAGAGUGUGAUAGUAGCUGAUUUAGAUUUGCAUCAGGGAAAACAUUUUUCAAGAAAUGGCCUCCAACGAUGGAGGAGGUGAUAUUCCACACUGGACUGGUUCUGCUCAGAAACAGAUUCCUAGUCCAGAACAAUUCAGUCCAGAUUCUGAGCAAAAUGUGAUAGACCAGACAGAAGAUGUCUUUCAAAACUUCUUAUACGAAAGUUGGAGCAGGGAUAAUAGCAGAGGGAUGUUUGUGGAACAGGUCACUCCGAAUGUUCCCCAGCUGACCAACUUUACAGCAGAUCCUCUAAGUGCCUCAGCUCAAGUUGGCAGACGGUUGGCAAAGAUUGGGGAUGACAUAAAUCAGAAAUAUCAGCCUGAGUUUGACCAUAUGAUAGAUAAGCUACAAGUGGACAAAUCCACAGCGUACGAUGCAUUUGCAGGGGUAGCUAGAAGAUUGGUAGAAGGUGGAUUAAACUGGGGAAGAAUAGCAACACUGUUUUCAUUUGGAUAUAGAAUAUUUGUGCGGGUAAUUGGAAUUGGUGAAGCUAUUAAGGAAAUUGGGAAAGUGUUAGGUAGAAUUGUUUCAAAUAUUGUGACAUUUAUCAAAGAUGCAUCUCAAGGAAUAGCCAGAUGGAUUGCCGGUCAAGGAGGUUGGCGAUCAGCUUUAUCAUAUGUACCAACAGUUAGCUGGCAAGUGUUGACAGGGAUUGCGGUGGCAGCUGUUGCCACUCUUGGCAUAGUGUAUUAUCUUCACAACUCAGGAAAGUAAAUACUGCUGGUCGAGGAAACUGUGGUAUAUAUAGGGCAUGAUGUGGCUUUCUUCACAUUGUCCUAAAGCCCAGAUAUAAACAUAUGACUGGCAAAAGUGAUACAUACAGUUGUGUGAAGCAUUUUGUUAUGCUACAUGUAUAUUGUGUGAAACAUGUAACAUGGGUACAGACAUUCAUGUAAACCACCAGUCCAUGCAUUACACAUUGCAUUAAUUGCUCAUGACACAUACAUAUAUAUGUUGAUAUUCUGUGACCAGGAAACAUUGUGUUAACAUUCUGCAAGAGUGCAUAUAGUUGUGUUGACAGCCUGGCCUGUAUGUAGAAAUUGUGUUUAAACAUCUGGCCAUGCUGCAUACACAUGCACUAACCAUUGAGCAAAUGUACACAUUUGUAACAUUAUCCGAAACAAGGAGCCGAUGUACAGUACACCCUCCAUACGACUCAGUGCAUAUCUGACUGUGAUAUCCAGAUAUUAAGACUGUCUGUCAAAGGACAUGCUCAGUCACACAAUGUUGCCUAUUUUCAUUAUGAAUAUUUCAUUAGGUGAAACUCUUCAUUAAAACACUUACAAAAAUAAGAAAAAUGUCCGAAAAUGUAUGUCUCUGUGUAACACAUAUCAUGUAUAUUAAAAUUGAACUUUUAGUCGGCAAAAAUGUACAAUAUUUUCUAUUUUUGAUUUGGUGUGAUAAAUGCAGCUAACGCUGACAUAUGACAUAGGAGAUAUUAAAUUUUGCUUGUUUCAUGUAAGAUGGAAUUAUCUUUUACUGAGUGAGCAUCACACAUAAUAUUUUCACGAGUGACAUUGCCAUGAGUGAAAAUAUUUUAUGCCUAAAAUGAAUAAAAAAAUUACAUAUGAAACAAGCAGAUUUUUUAAAAAAUUCAUGUGUUUUUAAAGCAGCAUGCCUCCAGAUCAUUUGAAAACAGAAAAAAUAAAUUUGUUUUAGAUAUCUUGAAAUAAAUAAUAUAUUUCUUAAGAAGGCUUUAAAACUUAAUUACUGACAAACAUUAUGCUACGGAAACACAUGAGAAUUUGCUGUUUUUACUACUUUUUACGAUGAAAAUCGAAAAGUGUUUGUCAGGCUUUUACUCCAGGUAAACUGUCUCGAUUAUAAAUAUCUAUAGUUUGAAGUCAUUAAGCACUACUUCAGCUAUAGCGCUAUUGGUUAUGAUGACGGGAAAAUGUCUUUAUUGCAGCGGCAGUCUGGGGUUCGAUUCCCGGCGCGGUCAUAUUUUUUUCUUGAUUUGGAACUUUUAAAAUAUUUUAGAGAAAAAAAUUCAUAUUCUAAUGUUCAUAAUAUGACCAAACUUCAAUUUGAAAGAAAGAUUAUUUUUUAGCCAAAUCUGGAGGCAUGCUGCUUUAAUGGUAUAAAUCAAAAUUUCCAAUUUUGUAGUUUUGUACAUGUGAAAGAUAUCAAAUAUACAUUAGAUAUGUUUUCUCUGCGAAAUUAUUAGAUUUAUUUUAUUGUGCAAGGGUGUAAACUUACACUUGCCCACUCAUAUUAGCAUGUUAAAAUCAACUGACACAUUCUGUGUACUCAGUCAGCAAGGCUGGUGCGUCUUGCAAUGUAGCAUCUAAAUAAUUCAUCAGAAAUGUGAAUAGCCUCCUGAUAAUCAAGUUUACAGUUUAGUUAUAUUUAUGUAAUUCACUCAAAAAUAUGUAAUAUGAUUUUUAUAGGCCGAUGCAUGCUUGGAUUACAGUUAAAGAUACACAUUCACAGUUUGGUUGAAAACAAUUUCAUUUAAUUGUACACGGCAUUUUCAUACAUACAGGAUAUUUGUUUGUUUUAGUGUAAGAGUGAAAUACCUUUCACUAGGUGCAAUCAUUUUUCAUGGACGGCAUAUGCACAAGUAAAAAUCAUUUGAACACAAGUGGAAAAUAUUUUAGUGGUUUUAAGCAAAUUUUUCUUUUCAUUUUGUAGUUUCAUAUUCGAAAUAUACAUUAUAUACAGUGACUCACCAGAAAUAUUUCACUGUUGUAUUAAAAUAAAGUCCCCGAAAAAGAUGUAGAAAAUGUAGCUUUCCAUUACCUGAUACAUGCAAGGAUUUUAAAAAUGUCUAUGUCUUCAUUUACACAGAUUCUAAUUUGAUAUUUGAAACCGAAAAAUAACAGAAGCAGAUGGAGACAAGUAUGGUCUGUGUAGAAAAUUGAUUUUGUUCCAAGUUUAAAAUGCAUGUUGAGACAUUUUAUUACCCUACCAAUGGGUACUCUUUAAAAAAUACAAUAUGUAACAUUUAUUUAGGAAACUUUUUUUCUAAAAGUGUGAACAAGUGACUUAGAAUGUUAUUAUUUGUGUAGUAGUGCUAAGGAUUUCAUAAUGUCAUAAUUAUGCUCAAUUACUUCUAUUUCAUUUGUAGUAAUAUUGUUGGUUUAACUUUAGCAUAAAAUGCGUGUGCACAAUACUCUUUAGAGCCAGUAUAGCGAGUGCUGUAGAUAGUCCAGUGUGGGGGUUACCCAUAAAGUUUUAAACUUCUUCAAUUUUCUAUGAUGUCAUUUCAGUUUUGAAAACCUACUCGUCUUAAUUUGUGUGGAAUAUUAAGAUUUCCUAUGAACAUACUGUCAGGCUUUGUUGAUAUAACUUUUUUUUCACUCUACGCAGUCUUAGAAUUCCACCAAAGGACUACGUAAUUUUGUUGGUCAAGGCCGCUUUUGAUAAAAUUCUAAUGAUAAAAUUAAGCUUAUCAAGUUUAUUAUUUUCUGUUUUUAAGUUUGAAAACUUUGUGUGUAACCCUUACAAGUGUUUUUUUUUUUUUGUUUUUUUUUUGGCAGUCUAGAGUUUCUCAUGAAAUGUUGAAAUUUAGUGGUGUGCUACCAGGUAGAUUUGAAAUGGUUAUUUUUAGUUGUACGCUUUGGGACUGCAUGACCAGUGAUUUACAAAAAAUGUAUGUAGGUUGUUUGCAUAUGUGUUAUGAACAUUGUUAUACAUGUUUCUACUGAAUGAGCAAAUGAAUUUGAACAAAUGUAAAACUGUGUAUAAGUAUAAUAAUGUAUUAAAAGUGCUCUUUUAUUACCAUGGCCUUUCAACUAUGCAAUAUAUGUAAUCUGUUAUGUGAAGUUUUGUACAUAGUCAUAUAGAGAGAAUGUUUAGUUAUAUGUUUGUUAAUUAUACCAAGCCAAAUACAUGAUGCACAACUGUUGAAAAAGCACCUAAGCUGUUUUUAAUCCAAAGGAAAUUCAAUUUUAUAAUUUUCAAGGUAGUAUAAAAUCUGAACUUUGUAAAUAGCAGCUCUUCUUCUUCUUACCUUAUUGUAAAAUUUCAAACUUGUGUAUUCUUUUAUUAUUUUUUUAGUCUUUUAUACCAGGGGUAUAAAAUGGUUGGAAGAGAAGUAAUAUACAUUUAACAUUUCUGGCAUACAGUCUCCUUUCAAUUCGAACAACAAGAUUUUUUUUCAAUGUUUGAUAAAAACAAGUAAGUUGUUGCUUGAGAAGUGGCAUUAAAGUUGGCAUUAAUCAGGAUUAAGGCUCCCACGUUUACAGAUUUUUGGAAACGUUUUCCAGUCAAACACAACACAUACUUGUUUAAUUGUGUAAACGUGGGAGCCUUAAUAAGGAUAGGAAAAAAGAUAGGUAUAGAAACCUUUUAGGAAGGCAAAUUAUAGAAUUUUUGGAAUUUAUACUGUAAAUUCAUUCAGCAUUGUAAUUCUUGUAUUACUAUUAAUAUAUUCCAUAUUAAAUUGAAAUUUAAAGAAAUCCAGUAAAUUUUAUCGCCACAGCUACCUAAUAUUUGAAUGAAGAUUUACAUUUUUCAGGAAAUUCGAGGCACAAUCAUUCCCUUUUUUAGCUUGCUCAUAUUUUUUCUAGUGCAUGCUAUUUCUUCAUCCAGUUUUUAUAUCGAAUUAUGUUUCUGGCUGUUCAUUUUGCCUCCAUAGUUGAAUAGGGCUCAGAAAACAUGAAAAACCAAAGAUUAUUUGUCAGUAAUUGAGAUUUUGAUUGUUGUAGUGGAGGAUGUGAUAAAUUCUUAAUAUGAAAUAUUGUUGCUUAUCUAGUAUUGAGAUUAAUGCCCUCUUAUUGUAGUCAUUUUCUUUUCAACCUGCUUUAUAUUUCAAUGAAUUUUACUUGAUGCAAAGUUCAGUACCUUACUGUCUACCUAUAGAUGUAUCCUCUGGUUAUGUGUUAACUGUUUGCCAAGUCACUUUACUCAGUGAUUUUCCAAACAUAAAUUUCACAGAGGGGUAUCUGUUUGUAGACAAGGUAUAGUAUUUUGCAUGUGUCCUUUGUUUUUUUUUUCAUUGAUGUAUAAACAAAAGGUUGAAAAGUUUUCCAAAUUUUGUUUUAUUUUAGAUACAUUUCUAAAAAAAAUCAUUUUGAUAAAGCUGUUGUAUUUGAUACAUUUGAUUCACCUGGGUCUAUCAACUUGAUUAAAAGCUGGAAAGUUGUCUAGGAACUGAAUUGCACAAAUAUACCUUUUAAGACAACAAAUAUUUUUGUGAGCAUAACAAAGCAAGAAAAUCUGUUAUAUUAGCAAGUAAAACUGUGUUGAAUCAAUCUGUUAAAAUGUUUUCCAUAGAUUUUAAUUUAUCUAUUAAAACAGUGUAAAGAGUGUCUUUCAUGGCCUUUGCCAAAUAUUGCUCAAAGCUUAUGUUUCAGUUGUUAAGGAGCCGACAUAUGAGCUUACAUUGCAUAUAGGUUACUUCUUUGUGAUUGUUUUCUCUGAUCCAUUUUAAGUCUUUUUAUUAAAAGAAAGAUAAAUUAUUACAACAUUCUGUACAAUAGAUAGCAUCUCAUUCUCAGGACCUAACAUAACAUGCCUUAACUACUUUUAUUGGUAAUGAAACUACAUGUACAUAAUUUUUUAACCCUAUGCAAUUAUGUAUUUUAUUGGCCACCCGUGAUAUUUGAAAAUACUCACCAUUUUUAGCUCAUCUGAUUUUUAUACACCCGUCUCUGAAAGAGCGGGGCUUAUUGUGUGAACACCUGUGGCGAUGGGUGGGUGGACUGCGUCCAAAACAUGUCCGCUCUCUAAGUCGAACAGUUUUCAUCCGUUCUUCUCCAAACUUGCUGACAAUGUUUGUAGGCAUAAUAUCUCGGCCAGGUUUGAUAACCAGCCAAAUUGUCCCAGACAUUCUUGGAUUAUGCCCCUUGAAUUACUCGGAAAUCUGCGAAUUUAGCCUUGUCCACACUCUUUAGGUCGAACAGUUUUCAUCCGAUCUUCAUCAAACUUGCUGACAGUGUUUGUGGGCAUAAUAUCUUGGCCAAGUACAAUAACAAUCCAAAUUGCCCCAGGCACUCCUGAAUUAUGCCCCUUGAAUAUGAAUUAGGCCAGGUUUGAUGACGGGCAUGUUUUGUGACAGUCUGACACUCGUUUGAAAAAAAAGAAAAAGAGUUAUUUGAUUGGCGUCAGCGUUGGAGUUACCUCAGGUUAAGUUUUGUCAGCUUUUCUCCUAAACUAUCAGUCCUGUUGCUUUAAAACUUGCAACUCUUGUUCAUCAUCAAUAGCUGACUCUGUACAGCAAGAACCAACAUAACUCCAUCCUGCUUUUUGCAAGAAUUAUGACCGCAUUUGGACUUACAAAAUGUCAGAUUUCUUGGUUAAGUUUUAUGUUUAGGUCAACUUUUCUCCUAAAUUAUCAAAGCUAUUGUUUUAAAACUUGCAACACUCGUUCAUCAUCAAUAGCUAACUCUAAACUGCAAGAUACUUAUCCUGCGUUUUGCAAGAAUUAUGGCCCCUUUUGGACUUAGAAAAUCAGAUUUCUUGGUUAUGUUUUGUGUUUAGGUCAGCUUUUCUCCUAUCAAAGCUAUUGCUUUAAAACUUGCAACACUUGUUCAUCAUCAAAAGCUGACUCAGUACAGCAAGACUCUGUACCAUCCUGCUUUUUGCAAAAAUCAUGGCCCCUUUUAGACUUAGAAAGUAUCAGAUUUCUUGGUUAAGUUUUGUGUUUAGGUCAACUUUCCUCCUUAAAGGUUUAAGCUAUUGCUUUAAAACUUGGAGCAGUUAUUCACCAUUAAAAGCAGACUCUGCACAGCGAGUACCGUAACUCUACAUUGGUUUUUGCAAGAAUUAUGGCCCCUUUUGGACUUAAAAAAGCAUGGGUAGGACAAUAUUUCUAUUACACACUGACAACAAAAAUCAGCAAGGCAGUGCUCUUGUUUUCCAAAACUGUCACAUUUAAGCAUUUUUUAAAAAUUUAUUGAUAACACUGACAAGUGGCAGAUACAUCUAAGAAUUUUCUACAAAAUCUAUUACAAAACCAAAAAUGUACUGCAAGUACCUAGCUCUUAUGCAGAAAUAAAAACAAAUGGAUUAAUGAAGAGAUUGCAGACGCGAGAAUUUUCAAUGGUUAGCAGAGUAGUGGGCUUUGAAAGAAAAUAAAUCUUAUAUAUAAAAUAGACAUGACUUUUAAAGAAAGAUUAGAAACAUGUUUAGAUAUCAGUAUUGUAUUCCAUUUUCACAUACCCGGUCUGUCAUACAUGAGAAAUGGUGUAUGUAUACAUGAAGGGAAUUCGUUUGGUUAAAAAAUAUUUGUUCAAUGAAUAGUUACAUACAAACAGUUAUAACUUCAGAUAUAGGCUUUACAAUUUAUCUAAAAUUUCCUGUACUUCAAACUUGGGCACGUCUCAUCUUGUAUGUUUUAUAAAGCUUACAUGUAUGUGCAAGUGUGUAAACACGAGUGAUAUAUUAAGUGUGCUGAUGAAUUCAUCUAUUUUGAUCAUUAUUGUUCUAUUAAUGUUAAUUGAAAUGAUUUUAUUGUGUUGAAAUGAUUUUUAAAAUGAAAUCUUAUUGUCAAUAAAUUAUGAUAGUUUGUUA